CGUACAGUACGUCCACCGAAGUACUGACGUUUCGCUGUGCCAUCGCAUGGCCGACGUGUGCAUUCCGAGGUUCACUUUCGCGUGGUACCCGCUCCGUCACAAGUAUCACUUUUAAAACGUUAACACUUGUGGCAAAACAUCAACAUACCGAUCUCAAAAGAAAAAUUACUAGAUCCGGCUUUCACGUCGACGUGGACCACCUUUCCAGGCUUCGUCCCGUUGGUGAUAAACGAUUAAUUUAGUUUGAACCCGUAAGCCGCGACCACGCGACACAACGCGCAGCAAUGUCCAACGAAGAAACUUCCGCCGACCGCAAUGUCGAAAUCUGGAAAAUCAAGAAACUUAUAAAAAGUCUCGAAAUGGCCAGGGGGAACGGGACUAGUAUGAUUUCGUUAAUUAUCCCUCCAAAAGAUCAGAUAUCGAGAGUAAGCAAAAUGUUAGCAGAUGAGUUUGGGACAGCAUCGAAUAUUAAAUCUCGUGUAAAUAGACUGUCUGUUUUGGGUGCAAUCACAUCCGUACAACAUAGGCUAAAAUUAUAUACGAAAGUGCCUCCAAAUGGCCUGGUAAUAUAUUGUGGUACCAUUGUAACAGAAGAAGGAAAAGAAAAGAAAGUUAACAUUGAUUUUGAACCCUUUAAACCUAUUAAUACUUCGCUUUAUCUUUGUGAUAACAAGUUUCACACUGAAGCACUUACAGCAUUGCUUGCUGAUGAUAAUAAAUUUGGUUUUAUUGUCAUGGAUGGUAAUGGAGCAUUGUUUGGUACGCUGCAAGGAAAUACCCGUGAGGUUUUACAUAAAUUUACAGUAGAUCUUCCAAAAAAGCAUGGCAGAGGAGGACAGUCAGCGCUUCGUUUUGCUCGGUUGCGUAUGGAAAAGCGGCAUAAUUACGUUCGAAAAGUUGCAGAAGUAGCUACCCAAUUAUAUAUUACUAAUGAUAAACCUAAUAUUGCUGGUUUAAUUUUAGCAGGCAGUGCUGACUUUAAAACAGAACUUAGUCAAUCAGACAUGUUUGAUCCAAGAUUGCAAGCAAAGGUUAUAAAGUUAGUAGAUGUUUCAUAUGGUGGCGAGAAUGGUUUUAAUCAAGCUAUUGAGUUGGCUGCUGAAUCUUUGCAAAAUGUAAAGUUUAUUCAAGAAAAGAAAUUAAUUGGCCGUUAUUUCGACGAAAUCUCACAAGAUACAGGGAAAUAUUGUUUCGGCGUAGAAGAUACAUUAAGAGCAUUAGAGUUAGGCAGUGUAGAGACUCUCAUUUGUUGGGAGAAUUUAGAUAUUCAGCGGUACGUUUUAAAGAACCAUACAAAUGCAGAAGAGAAGGUUUUACACCUAACACCAGAACAGGAAAAAGACAAAACUCAUUUUACUGACAAAGAGAGCGGAGUAGAAUUGGAACUUGUAGAAUGUCAGCCUUUACUUGAGUGGUUAGCAAACAACUACAAGAGUUUCGGUGCCACUUUGGAAAUUAUUACAGAUAAAUCUCAAGAAGGCUCUCAGUUUGUAAGAGGUUUUGGUGGGAUUGGAGGAAUCCUCCGCUACAAAGUUGAUUUCCAGUCACUGCAGGCUGAUGAGCCUCUUGAUGAUGUUGACCUCGAUGAUUACUAAUUUCAUCUGUGAAAUACUCAAAGUUGACCAGCUUGCAUAUUGGGAAAGGUAUAUUGCGGUACAAAGUGGACUUUCAGAGUAUGCAACUUGAAGAUGUUGAGGUUGAUACCUUUGAUCUGGAUGACUAUUAAAUCCGUGACUCGACAGACAGUUCUUUUAGCUUCACAGGAAAACAUGAGUAUAUGUUCUCCCUUGCAUCAUAUUUUAAGAGAGGCACAUAAGAGGACAUAGGACAUGUUUAUAAAAUUUAUUAUAUGAUGCAACACACAUCAUAAAAUUAUUCAUUAGAAUUCAUUCGAGCAAUUCACAAUAAAUACACAAAUGUGAAAAGCACAACACGUGGCGCGCCGAUAAUCCAUGUCCAUGAAGAAACAAAGGCAACUCGAAGACUGUGACACUUAAUUAAGCCAGCUUGAUACCUGCCUAUCUCACAGAACAUUACCUUAUAUUACAGUUACAUUCUUUAAUUAUUCACAUGGAUUUAUUUAAAUAAUUACACGCGUUACAGUGCUGAAUAUGUUUGUACAGUACACGGUUGGAGAUAUGAUAAUUUUGUACCAAAUUAAUGUUUUGCCAUCUUGUCAUGAAUUUUACGAUUGAAAAAUGGAAAGGGGAAAAGAUACUCAGAUAACAUGAGGACGAAUGUAGAGUUAUUUUUGUUCAGAUACAACCAUGGAUAAGCUGUAAUAAACUGAUUAUCAUAAACAUAAA